UAUGUCUUCAAUUAUUAUUAAUUAACGAAUAAAAGCAAAACACAGACACAUGCAAAAUUUGUUUAUUUAUGGCCUUUUCUUGUCCCUCUUCACUUACAAUUUCUCAGUAGAAAACUCAACCCUCUCCCUCACUUCUUUCUCUCUCUCUCUCUUUCUUUCUCGUCUUAUAAUAUUAUCUCCAUUGUCCAUAUCCAAGAACCAUAUCUCCAUGCAGAAAACAUACUCUUUCUCCUGCAUAUCCUCGUGUGGCAGUGAUAGUGCCGGCUUAGAAGCUGACGAGGUUGGCAAUGAAGAUUCCAUUUCCCUCUCGCUUGGCCCUCCUUGCCACCACAAAUCCCAAGUCCUUAACCCAAAACACACUACUACCGUGCGUGGUCAUCAGAAAAACCCUACCUCUGAUGACCCCACUGCUGUAACAGUUGCCCUCCACAUCGGCCUUCCCACAACCGCUACCAAAACUUCUUCCACUCCGACUCAUGCCCGAUAUUGGAUCCCUACUACUCAGCAAAUCCUUAUUGGACCCACUCAAUUCUCUUGCACAGUCUGCAACAAAACCUUCACCCGUUUCAACAACAUGCAGAUGCAUAUGUGGGGACAUGGAUCAGAGUAUAGGAAAGGGUCGGAGUCAUUGAGAGGGUCAAAAGCAGGUUCUUCAAUGCUGAGGCUGCCCUGCUACUGCUGUGAAGAGGGUUGCAGAAACAACAUAAACUAUCCAAGGUCAAGGCCACUGAAGGAUUUCAGGACCCUCCAAACACACUACAAGAGGAAGCACGGAGGGAAGCCAUUCGAGUGCAGAAAAUGUAAAAAGGCAUUUGCAGUGAGAGGUGAUUGGAGAACACACGAGAAGAAUUGUGGGAGGCUUUGGUUCUGCAUCUGUGGUUCUGAUUUCAAGCACAAGCGGUCCCUGAAAGACCAUGUCCGUGCAUUUGGCAAAGGGCAUGCUCCACACAGCAGCUUGGGAGAAGAAAGAGCAGAUGAUGGGAGUGAAAUGGUGUAUUUAGUUUGAAAUAAUACAAGGUAGGUGUAUGGUAGGGUUUUAUUUUUGGUUUUAACUAGGACUUGGAUUGAUCCAUUAAAAGAUUGUACGUUGUCUGUGGUACGUGGAAGAAAAGGAGUGCGAGACAAACAGUGAAAUGAAAGCUAAGGUUCUUGCAUUAAAGGUUUCAAGUUGCAGUCUUAUCAACUCAAAAGGACGUUUUCUUUCGAUGCUACUUUUGCUGAGAUAUUCAGAGAGAGAGAGAGAGAGAGAGAAAGUGUAACUUAACGGGGGUACUCGAGACUGGAGUGUAAUCAGUGAGUCUGAGUGCAGACGAGAUGAGAAAAAGGACAUGCAGCUAGAGCAGACACAGACUCCAUUGUUCUUUACUUUACAUUUUCAU